AGAGACCCCAUAAAGAAAACAAAACAAAGUUACAGAAAACGGGAAUUUCAAAACAGCUGAUGGCAGGUCAAAAAUCAAUGCAGGAGAGAGCACCGGUAAUUCUCAAGACUUUUGUUAAGAUUGUCUGUGACUGAGAGGACUGACUGGCUAUUGUUUGUGUGGUAGUGUGAGCGCAAGAAGAGGGUAUCUCAUCAUGGCUGCCAAGAUGCCAGAGGCGCUGUAUUCGUGUGAAGUGUGUGGAUUGGACGGACUUACGGACGAGGACUUGCGGUCCCACAUGUUGUUUGCUCAUAUAGAGGGGACAACUUCGUGUCCUUUUUGUGAUCUAGGAGAUAUAAGUCCCGAUGAAAUGGUCCAUCACGUAAAUUCUGCCCACUUGGACUAUUUGAGUCCGCAAGAUGAAUCAUUAGACGAUACUUUAAUUGUAACAAACGGUUUUGGCGACCACAUAAUAAUUGCGAGUCCGUUGAGGAAAGCUCAAGUGAAUAACAAAUCCUUGGACAAUCAUGUGCCUGUGAUUAUGGUAGAAGAAAACGAUAACUACAAUGCUAACCUAAGUCCAUCUCAUAGUAAGGGGGGGGAUGCCAAUAACCAGGGAUCUCCAGACCGUGCCCAACUCUCCCUUAACCUGAACCAGUUGGAGAGACGGAACAGAUUAGCGAGUCCUGGCGUGCGCAGCCCCCUCUUGGACUCCCGGGUGACGCUGUGUCCCAUAUGUGGAAUGAAGGAGCCGUCGCCGGCGAAGCUCGAAGAACACGUAAACCGAGCGCACUUUGAUCUGAUGUCGCCGUCGUUCCCAGCCGUCACCCCUCAGGAGGAAGUCAUCUAUACUUGUCCUGUGUGCAUGAAGCAGUUUGAGUCUAGUCCAGACCUCGAGCUUCAUGUCAAUAUUGAACAUAAGGAUAUCCUGAGUCCUGCUAAGUCUGAUGUGGUAACUCCGGUGGAAAGUGAAGACAGUGAUAUUGGUGUGUGUCCGGUGUGUAGUCGAGCGGGAUUUGGUUCCCAUAAUGACCUCGCAACUCAUAUUGAUACCCACUUCUCACGAAAAUCCUCCAUUGUGACGCCAGAUGAUGGUGGCUGGGAGAGACGUCUCGUUACGGACCUGGAAAAACAAGAGAAAGAGGUGCAGCGUAUGAGGGAACAGCAAGAAUUCUCUCUUCUUAGGGCUCAGUAUGGCAUGGAUAAUGAAGGAAAUUUCUCACAGCAGUCUCUGAGUAACAUGCAGAGAGCAGUCUAUGCGGGAGAGAUGACCGUAGCCGACUAUUACGAGAGACAGAUUGAACUGAAGGUCGCCGAGAAGAAUGGCGUCGACGAUGGUCGCUCCUGUACAAAAGGUCUCCUGGGGCCCAUUAGGGCAGUUAGCGAAGGCGGCAACAAUGUCAAAGGAACCUACCUCUGUACCACAGUUGAUCAUUAUGGCUCCACAUAUGGUGACCGUGGUUGGGGCUGUGGUUACAGAAAUAUACAGAUGCUGCUGAGUUCUCUUCAGCAUCAUACAGGCUACUAUGCUCGCCUCUUCUCUGGACCCAACUUGAUGCCUUCUAUCUCUCAAGUCCAGAAGCUUAUUGAGCAAGCUUGGAGAAAUGGGUUUGACCUCCAGGGAUGCGAGCAGUUAGGUGGUAAGUUAUCCAACACGAGGAAAUGGAUCGGUGCCACAGAGGUUGUUACUUUACUUUCAUCCUUUAGAAUCAGGUGUCAACUGAUUGACUGCCAUCGACCAACAGGAGCAGACGGGACCCACCCUGAGUUGUUCCGAUGGUGCCUUGACUACUUUUCCAAACCUGCAGAGUUCAAGCCUCCCAUAUAUCUCCAGCAUCAGGGCCACAGCCGAACUAUCAUUGGCGUGGAGCAGCUGGGUGGUAAUGAAGGAGGAAUCCGGCUGCUGGUACUAGACCCGUCCCACUCUCCAACACAGGUAUCCCAGCUCCUACAGACACACACAGCUCCCGGCGCCAUGAGACUACUACGUAAACCGCUGUCGAGCAUGAGAGCCAAGCAGUACCAGAUGGUGGUUGUGGUCGGCCUUAUUGAAACUGAACAGGAAUAUCAGCAAAGCAAGAUUCUUCAAGCAUCAACGAGAAUACCGAAGGAUUGAACUUAGUGCUGAUCAUUUUUAGACUUUUCACGUUGUUGAAAAACUGAAUAACUACUUUAUGUAAGUUUUGCCGAUGAAAACAAAAAUUGCCUGUUUAUCUGUAUAUGUUUAUUGUCAUGAGAAACAGGCCCACUGCCGACCACAGGUUAGUUGUGAUAACCAGCCCUUUCAGUUUUUCUAUGAUAAACUGCCUGUUAGCUUGGAUUGUUAAAAUAUUGUAAGAGUUAAUCAUUGGGUUAAAAUAAUACUGUACAGUAAUUAUGCCUCUAUGGGGGAUAUGUUUUUAUUUAUUUAUAUUUUUAAUUACCUGAAGGAAACUCAAAGAUUGGUUGCCUUGUACAUGUUGCACUGUCAGGAUCCUCAAGCGUUCCUCUGGUUUAUAACUGUAUUUUUAUGUUAUCUGUGAAGCCUCACCCUGGGGAGGUGGCCACUCACCCUGGGAAGGUGGCCACUCUAGAGGAGUCUCUGGCCACCUAAUUGCUCUGCAGUAUAUUUCACUAUUUCACUAUAAUUUUCUCAUAAACUUGUAUUAUGAUAAUACACAUCAAGAACAAAUUUACAUUCAAAAUUGCUGUGUAGUGCAAGAAGAUGAACCAUCAUAUUGUAUGAGGGAUCUUGAACUGUGUUUGUGUCAGUAGGUUAUAUUAUCUCUCACUUCUCUUCUCCCUCAGUAACAGCAUAAUGGUGUUUGCAAGACAUAUUGCAGUGUAAAUACAAGGUGUUUUGAUCAAGUGGCUACUGGCCUUAUUGUAUAGUUCAGACUCCUUCAGUUUGUUCCUAUAUUUCCAUCAGUCAUUAUUAUCUGUCCCAUUUAUGUUAUGGUUUACAGUAGUGGCCUCCCAGUCCUCAACUUGUUGGACCUUGUGGCUAAAUUUUAGUGAAAACCCUGCAAUAUACUUUAUCUUCUGCACUAAUAGGCCUGUUAGCCACUGACUACAGAUAUUUUUCAUACAAAUGGUGGUAAUUAGGUUUAAGAGCCGAGGUGUUCAUGUUACCUAGUUCACUUUACUGUACUGGCCACCACAAGUCAGGGAAGGAUCCAAUGGUUUGUUAAGGAUCCUCUCAAUCUCUCUCUUUAUUUUUCACUGAAGAACUCCAAAGGAAAAAUUUUUGUUUUUCAUUUUAUCGAUAAUAUUUCGAAUAAUUCAUCCAUAUAUUCAUUAAUUAGGCCUUUAAAUGCAAUCUUUCAUAAUUUACAUUGGAAUUACUUUUAUUUGAUCAAGUAGUAUUUAUUUGAUCAAGUUUCGCACUUUAAACACUUUCAUAAAGAUGCCUCAACAUAAACAUCAAUUUGUAUAUGUUUGAUUCAUUAUAUUUUUUACUUGGGGAAUGAAUUUGAUAGGAAUGGGCAACCUGAUGUAGGAUAUAGUGUGGGUAAUACAGUAGCCAACUUGCAUAUAAGCAGAUCAAAGUAGGGACCAAGUUAUAGCCAACGAAAAUAUAUUUACCACUAUGGAACUCGACAUUCUAUUUACAGUAUUAUUCUCGGAGUAGCUUUUAGUUUUGAGAUUUUGUUUGCAGAUUCUGCCUCAAGUUUUCCUCUGCUAUUUUCUAGUGUUAAGUGUAGCCAUGUUGAAUGCGUCUCCUUAUUGCUCUAAGUAAGUUGGAUUUUGUUGGCAUUGAGAUCACUUUCACAGGACUGUAUUGUAAUUCUCUGGACUCAGUUGAUAAGAUGCACUUUGAAUCCCAUAGCCAGGCAGGGUUGGGGGAGCAUUAUGUGCUGUGGCGUGUGCCUAGCUGGCCGCCUGUUAGCAUGUCUGUGUCCGAAGCUAACAAUCUACCAUGCCUGGGACUUGCUAGCUGACAAAUUGUGGAAAAUGAUAGUCUGUUGAUAAAUCGGUCUCUCUCUCUCUCUCUCAAGUAAGUUAUCAAAAUAGAUUUUGUAUUGGUUUACUGAAUUAAGAUUGGUUAUUAUUAAAAUUCAAAAUAUAGUAAAGUACCGAAGCUGAAAUGAAUUACUGAAGAAAUACGUAAACAAUGCCUAUUCCUUAAAACUCCUUCCUGGAUUUCGUAAGUUGUUUUCCUGGUAUGUUUGUGUGAAUAAGGUGACAGAUAUUGGUUGUGAUCAGUAUAAUUACAGGCACUCCUCAGUACUGUACAGUGGAAGUAAUGUACCUUACAGUAUAAAGCAAAAAAUUAAUACAGUACAAUAUAGCAAAUGUUAUAUUGCCAGAGACAUUGUUUUAUAAAAUGGCUCGCUUUCAGAUGCGUUAUUCAUCCAAACCUAACCUAACUCAAUACAAAAAAUCGCUAAAUUUAUAUCAGAAUAACUAGAGGAAGUCCCGGUUUAUGAAGCAAUUGUGUUAAAAAAUUUUGUUCGUAUCUCAAUAUCUCAGACACAAGCCAAUUUACACCAUAAUUAAGCUGAAUUAUUCUACAUUUACAUUGAAUAAUACAGGUUUAACGUGCGAGGAAGCUUUACUUCGUGACCGCGAUGCUACGUUAGGUAAUGGACCAAGCUCAAUCUGCCUAAACUCAACCUGACCAGACCCAUGUGGCCAUCACCCACGCUAUGGUAUUUAUUGUGAAUUUGUUUUAUUUGCCUCCUGAACAUUGUUAAAAAAGGUCAACAGAUACUCUAGUACUGUACAGUAUAGGCAUCUGCAGAGGGAGGGGAGCAAUGGAGAACUUUAUUCAUUGAUUCAUGAGAUUUUUUAUGAAGUUCACAAUAUCACGUUACUUGAUAAAUUUAACAGCCAGUACUCCUAAAACCCUCAAGUUUGACCAGAGGAUUUACUUAAAAUGAUUAAAUAAAGAAUUACCCUAUAGCUUAAGACAGAAAAAACUUGUUUACAAGUCUAGGCGCUCUUACUACUGCAGUGGCUUCUUGCAUAUUGGGUGUGGUAGUUGUCACCUGGGUCAUCAGACAGACCAACGUGGUCUUGUUGACAUCCCCUCAGACCUGACACACUAUAAUCAGGGUCAACCUGUUGCCAGUAUCAUACAAAUAAAAGUACUGUGCCAUGACUGUGCCAUGACAAGGUUGUAUCAUGGGUCAGCCUGACAGGUCUCACACACACACACACACACACACACACACACACACAUGUGGUCCCUGGGUUACGAACAAGUUCCAUUCCUGAGGAUGUUCUUAAGUUGGAAAUGUACGUAACUCGGAACCCAUAUACCUAUGUGCACUGUAUCAUAGCCCAAGUCCUUUUAUAUAUCUUGAAUCACUUAAUUUAAGAGAAAAGAAAGAAUUGAAUGACAAAAUACAGUGAAGGAAAGUGUGUUGCUAUAAAUUUUACCUUAUACAGUACACUACUGUAUAAACUUCUGACGGUCGGGAAAAAUCGCUGGUCCGGCAUUGCUAUGGUCCUGACGGUACCGUAAAUUCAGUGGUCAACUUGUAUAUUCUUUGUAAUGUACCGGGUAAUGUCAAGAAACCUCAAAAAGAUGAUUUUUCAAAUAUUAAACCUUGACUUUGUGUCAUAACAUGUAAUUGUUGCACUGUUGUGAUUCUGAUUUUUGUGUUACUGAUAAAAAUAAUUAUACCGGUCAGUGCUUGAAGAAUGGUCACAGGCAUAUACACAAAAGUCAUAGUCAUGUUUAAAAAAGAAAAGACUGUCUCUCACCCUCUAUAUAAUAAGUUUAUGAACUACCAUCAUAUACAGUGCAUUAAAAUUCACUGUACAAUAUGGGGCUUAAUUCUACUAAAUUUUGAUUUGUAAAAAGGUAGGGAAAUUAUUUAGGCUAAGUGAGAAGUGUUUGUUCAUUCCCGAUACAGUACAGUAUUCCUAUAGCAGGAGUAUAUACUGUAUAGUGAGGACUGCCUGUAAUACAUUAUUGAGAGAGCAAAUGGUAUCUGUAGUAUGCAGGGAUGAUUUAAUACUAUACAGGUACGGUAAACUCUCGAUUUUACGGAAUCCGAUAUAACGAACUUGUGAUUUAGCGGAAGGAAUUUUUUCCGUUAUUUUUCACCAAAUUAGUGAACUAGUUCGCUUAAUUGAGAUUAAUUCCUUUAAUAUGCUCACACCUACGGAGACACCUCAGACACAUGAUAUGUACAUUGAAACAUUAUUCAUGGCUUACCUUAAACUAGGGGUUCAAUGAUUGUUUUCAAUUUUUUCAAUUAUAAUUUCCAAACUUUUUUCCAAUUGAUAGCCGUACUCUUUUGACUUUCUCCCCCACACCACUUUUUUCCUGAGACAGUAGUUAGUUGACCGAGAUGUAGUCCGAGAGGUAGCAGUGAACAACAAGCACAUACAGUGGCGGCAAGACACAGACUGAGCAGAUGUAAACAAACGCCACUCACCAAGCGGCACAUUUGGCGUGGAAUUUAACGGAAUCGCGCUUGAUUUAGCAAACUAGUUCGCUAAAUCAAGUGAAAAUAACAGGAAUUCAAUUUAGCAGAAAUUUCAUGGAAUCACACUCGAAAAUAAUGGAAAUUUGACUCAGUGGAAAUUUUGAUUUAACGGAUAGAGACGGCUCGAAUUAGUUUGUUAAAUUGAGAAAAUACCAUACAGUAAUACUCGGGAGGACUUGAGAAAAAAUAAACUAAUUUGUCCAUCAAUCAACUGUACCCCAUCACAAAUUACAUGAAACGAAACUGGCUUUAACAAAUAUAAGAUGAGGUUAGUGGGAUCUUAAAAGCAGAUAAAUGGAGAAAUUAAAUAUAGAGAAACAGGACAUUGACAUUUGAACAAUAACAUCAUAAAGUACAGAAACACUGUUUAAGGGUUGUAUAUGACAUCAUGGAGGUUGUGUUGUAGAUGUAAUGCUUAGAUUUUGUUUUGUUUUUAUAGAUGAACUGACAAUAAUGUACCUUCGGCCAGCGUCCUCCUCCUUAUACACUUUUAACUUAAUGUGGAACGCCAUCACGUGUUUUCUGAUGUUUCCUACAGAGCGCUCGAUCCCCUCCAUAGCAGGGUUGGAUCAAAUACUGAUUCUUAGCGGUCAAAUACAAAUACUUGUGACAUUAUGAUGCAAAAAUACAAAUACAAAUACUUUUAUUCCUUAAUUCAAAAAUACAAAUAUAAAUACAAAUACUUCUGAAAUUAAGAUGUAAAAAUACAAAUACUUUUAUUUCCAAGUUCAAAAAUACAAACCCAAUACCUACAUAUCAGAAUUACAUUUUAUCAUCAUUAAUGCCCGGAAGAUUUCUGGGCUCAACUUGGCUCGCUC